GCGCUUUGAAUUAUUUAAGAGUAGAAACACCUUCCUCUGACAUGACUUGAGAAGUGUCGGCUUUGAAAGCGAAGCUGUCUGCAUUCACAAAGACAUGAACUUAGAUGGGGACAGCAGCAUGUCAGUCAGUUGUGGGAAUGGCAAACUUAGACAGUGGCUCAUCGAUCAGAUUGACAGCGGGGAGUAUUCCGGCUUGGUUUGGGAAAAUGACGAAAAAACCAUUUUCAGGAUUCCCUGGAAGCACGCGGGGAAACAGGACUACAACCGCGACGAGGACGCGGCGCUCUUCAAGGCUUGGGCCCUGUUCAAAGGCAAGCACAGAGAAGGCUUGGACAAACCAGACCCUCCAACGUGGAAGACGAGGCUCCGCUGUGCCCUGAACAAGAGCAAUGACUUUGAUGAGCUGGUGGAGAGAAGCCAGCUGGACAUCUCAGAUCCUUACAAGGUCUACAGGAUAAUACCAGAAGCAGCCAAGAGAGGCUCUAAGUCCAGCAGUAUGGAUGACAGCGCAGCACACGUGACUUCUAUUAGUUAUCCAAUGCAUUCUUCUUAUCCUCCUCUACAGCCUCAGAUGCCGGGAUACAUGCUGCCUCAGGAGAGACGAGACUGGAGGGAAUACAGCGGCGAUCAGCCUCAUCCUCAGGCUCCUCACGCAGAGUUACCGUAUGGCCAGUGUCCGUAUCAACCCACGCGCUCCUUACCCUGGCACCCAUCGGCCUGUGACAACGGAUACCAGAUAUCUGGCUCCUUCUACACAUAUUCGCCUACAGAAACCCAUCCAGUGGCAAUGGACCCCAAUAUGAGAUCCGCCGAAGCCAUGGCUGUUUCAGACUGCCGCCUGCACGUCUCUCUGUACUAUCGUGAGUCUCUGGUGAAGGAGGUGACCACCAGCAGCCCUGAAGGCUGUCGCAUCUCCUCCUCUCCGUCUCCAGGAUCCCCCUCGUCCCCGUCGUCCCCGGGCCCUGAGGAGCGUCUGUACAGCGGGGCCGAGCCCGUGCUCUUGCCCUUCCCGUACCCUCAGUCGCAGCGGCGCGGGGCCGAGAAGCUGCCUAACGUUCUGGAGCGCGGCGUGCUGCUGUGGCUGGCUCCAGACGGGCUUUACGCCAAGCGCCUGUGCCAGGGCCGCGUGUACUGGGAGGGCCCGCUGGCCCCGUACGCUGACAAACCCAACAAGCUGGAGAAAGAGCAGACCUGCAAGCUGAUGGACACGCAGCAGUUCCUCUCAGAACUGCAGGGCUUCAUUCACCACGGCCGUCCCAUGCCGCGCUCUCAGGUGGUGCUGUGUUUCGGAGACGAGUUUCCAGACCCUCAAAGGCAGAGCAAAAUGAUCACAGCUCACGUGGAGCCCAUGUUUGCCCGACAGCUCCUGUAUUUUGCAGGCCAGACCAACGGGCACUACUUGCGCGGAUAUGAGCUUCAGAGUCCAGGUGCUUUACCUGUAGAAGAGUAUCAGAGAAGCAUCCAGCACUUGCAGGAGUAACAAGCUUCAGCUGAGAUACUGCACAGCCCAGCCGCUCGCACUGUAUCUGCUCUACAGCCAGCGGAGGCUAGUGAAAGCCAAUGGAGCAUCAUUGACAUCGUAAUGAAGACUUGAAAUCACAUUGCGAUUACCUGACCAAGUGCCCACUUACACAUCCCAAAAGCUACAAACUCUUCGGACACCAUACAGUAUUGGAUGCAGUCUUUUUGUAUGAAAAGGGUUCAUGAAUUAUGUCUCAGUGAGUCUGAGAACACAUGGAAAAAUGUUGGUUUGUUUCAUGUCAGCUCCUUUUCUGCUGCAAACACAAGCAAAACACAAACCACGUGCUAAAACAGUGUCAAGUUCAUUUCAAUUCAACGUUUCACUCACGUUGUGCUGAUAAUGUGUAGUGGCAAAUUAUGCAAAGCAGAAGUGUACUCAGAUUUCUGGACUCCCAAAUAUUUCAUAUGGACAUUUGAGAAAGAAGCUAACCAAAAACAAAACUACAAUCUAACUAUUUUUCCCAUAGGAAUUGUUUGUUAGUGGGACACAUAUUUUUGAUACGUCGAUGUAUAGUUGCAUAGACUUUCUAUUACUGGUCUAUAUUGCUCUGCUUUUCUAACACAAUCCUCUUUUUUCUCAUUGUUUUCGGCGCCGUGUGAGUAUUUAUAUUGUAUGCAUGUAGGUUUCUAUAUGCACAGCCGAAUGUACUGUAUAGCUGUAUAGAUAUCUUGAAUGUAAUCAAAGUAAUUAUUUCUCUGAAUGGCAUCUGACAAGAAGUUAUAUAAUGCUAAAUACUAAGAAACAGUUUGUGGUUGGUUGUGUGUGUGUGUGUGUGUGUGUGUGAUUGUUAUCUGCUUUCAAGU